GUCGACUAUAAUCUGUAUGAAGCUCAUUCUUCUACUUCUUGUACGAUACCAACCAAACAAUUGUAAUCAACACGAUUGCCGCCAUUGCCUGUUGCACGAGUCAGAACUAAACGCAAAAGAGCUAAACUACCAUCCCUCGUUAUUUCAAGCAUGCCAGUAAAAACUGUUUUGGAAACAAAUGAACAGGAAAAGCAAGAGAAAGAGAAACAACAAAAACUUGGGGCAGCAGCCAGGGAGGAAAAAAGCCAAAGAAUUACUGAAGAAGAAGAAGAAGAAGAAGAAAAUGGAACCAAGGAAACUGGUUAAGCGAAGAGUAUUCAGUUCAUCAGAUUCGUCAAUUGAAGUGGACUUGGUAGACACUGAUGAUGAUAAUAACUCUUCUGAGAGUAACAAGAUAUCUGAUAAUAAGUUAUGCGUCAUCUGUGAUGACGAAGGAAAAGAUCGGGGACUAUGGUUUCAGUGUCCAAAGUGUAAAAAAUGGGCCCAUGCCGCGUGCACUGAUCUGGAUAUUAAGCAAGCCAAAGCCAAGAAGUGGUUGUGUGAUUUUUGUAACCGAUUACGAAUUUUACAAUUAAAAAAAAAAACAUCACAAUUAAAAAAAGGACUUAAAUGUAUUAUUCACUCCAGAUUUGUUAAAAAGAAUAAAUUUGCACAUAAGACCAAAGAUCUAGUUAACGGUUUUGAAGUAAUUCAACUCCAAUCGUUAAGUUCGUCAUUUUACCCGACUUACCCUAGUAAGUAA